UUACCUACCAAAAUUAUUUUCUUUCUCAUUAUUAGAUUGUUUUAUAAUUUCUGGAUCUGGUAAACGUUAUGAAGAAAAAUUUUUUAAAUGGCUAGAUUACAUUAUGGAAUUUUUAAAGAAUCAUAGUAAUAAUUUGAAGGAAUUAAAGAUAAUUUCAUAUAGAGAAUUAAGGGAAGGACAAAAUUAUUUAAAAUCAAUCCUUGAUACUUUAUCAUUAUAUUGUCAAAAUCUUACAUUGAUUGGAUUAAAAUUGGAACAUAUUUUUGGUUAUAUGAAAAGAUUUGAACGUGAUAAUCUUGAGAACGUUGAUGGAGUGUUAAAUGAGUUCAAAUCUUUUUGUAAUAAUUGUCCAAAUCUACAAAAAAUUAUUUUAUUUGCUUCAAUAUAUUAUAAUUUUAAUUUAUCUGAAGAAUUAAUAUUAAUUUUUAUAAGAUCACUUCCUAAAUCUUUAAAAUCUCUUUCAUUUGAAGGAGUAAUUGAACUUAAUCUUUUAGAAGAAAUUAUGAGAAAUUAUAUUGAUAAUUUAAUUAAUUUAGAUUUCUAUUAUUAUAUAUGUGUUGAUGUAUUAAAAAGUGAAAUUGAUGAAAUGACAAAAAAUAGAAAAUUAAUACUUAGAUAUGAUAAAAAAAAAAUUGAUAUUAAAUGGACAUCAAUAUAUAGAUAUUUUUUAGAUUUUAAUUAGGUUAGCUAUUCAUAGAAUGGAUGGCUGAGAAUUUGACUUAUAAUAAUAGUGUUUUCAAAAUACUUAAAUAAAUAUAAUUACUUAUAAUUAUUCAAAACAUUCUUUAUUAAUACUGUAAUAUUCACAAUU